AUUCUUUUUGGUUAAGUGUCAGCAUAUCUUUGUUUGUCACCAUAUCUAUUAGAAGCUCAAACUCUAUUUUCUAUUUCUGCCAUUACUGAACAAUAAAGUGACCUCAGUUACAGUUACAGUUACUCUAACACUUCUGAUUUUGUUAAGGUAAUGGCGUUUUUGCAACGAAUCCGAAACAACAAGCUCAAAACAGCUUUCACCCAAUUAAAGACCAUAGAUGUUACAUGUGGCUUCCCCAUUCUUCAUCCAUCAAUUCCAUUCCAAAACCAGGCACUCUUCGGAUUCCGCAGCCCUAUUGGGCAUUCCAUGACACACCUCCUCUCGUUUCUAGUAGCGUGAGGUUUUUCGCUGCUCCCAUUCAGUUUCAGAGUAAGUGGAAGAAGGAAGAAGAGGACUCCAUUGAAGGGCGACGAUUGAAUGACCAAAUCAAAGCUCAAUAUGUUAGGCUUGUAUUUGACGAUGGGAAUCAUUCAAUAAUAUCAAGGUUUGAAGCACUUGAUCGUGCCAGGAAGCUCAAACUUGAUUUGGUUGAGGUUCAGAGGAAUGGUAAUCCACCUGUUGUAAAAAUAAUGGACUACCACAAGGAAACAUAUAAGAAACAAGAAAAGGAAAAGGAGCGUGCUAAAAGCAAGUCUGAACUGACAUUGCGAAAAGGAGAAUGUAAGGAAGUGCGGUUUUCUGGAAAAACUGUAAGUGAAAUGAAAGACCUGAAGAUGAAAGCAGAUAUGGUUAAAAAGUUGAUGGAGAAAGGAUAUCGUGUGAAGGUUACUGCUUAA